CAGUAAUCUCCACUAACUCCUCACGAUGAAGCUGAUUCUGUCUUUUACUCUCAUCUGGAUGCUCUCCAGCACAGCUGCAGCUCUUCAGUGUCUGCAGGACAGGCACAGCCACAUUCCAGUUCUAGAGCAGUGUGACUCUGAUGAUGAGUUGUGUGCAACAACUGCCCUUCAUGGUGAUACGGAAGGAGAGGUUUCACAGCACACUCUCAGGUCCUGUGCCCCGUCCUCUCUCUGCACUGUACAGGGUCAAAUAUUGUCAAACAGUGUUGCUUUUUUAAAGAGAGCUGCAUCUGUUCAUUGCUGCAACACAGAUGGCUGCAACAGUCAAAAUUUCACUUACCCUGAUCUACAGACAAAACUAAAUGGCCUGCAGUGUCUCAGCUGCACUCAUCGUCCCGAUCCUGUCUGUAACGGGACAGUACAGUGUGCUGGCGUGGAGGACCGCUGCUUUGAUGGAAAUUGGACAGCUGGGGGCGACACUUUUCCAUGGUGUGGCUGUGCCUCUGCAAACAUGUGUGAAGUUCUUUCUCACCUGAAAGUCCGAACUGCUUUUGCUGCCUAUCCUCCCUUUGAUUUAAACCUCACCAGGGCACCAAGAUGUUGUGGAAGCAGCUUCUGUAAUUCAGCCGGGACUGUCAAACUGAGUGUUGGUCCUGUGCUGCUUGGUCUCAUUGUCCUUGUCCUCUAUUAGAACCAAGAGGGAAAUAGAGCUGAGAGGUAAACUGAAACACAAAC